CUAACCUGACACGAGGAAAAGUGGGGUUCGUCGUCGUCGCACGGGCGAGAAGCGAGGAUCCGUCGAUGGGCUUUUAGGUCGAUGAAACUGCGCGAGAUUCGCAUUUCCGUUUGAGCCGGUGAUACAGUCCUCUCGGUGGAAACAUGUGGCUGGAGGAGUGCGACAGCUUCGCCGAGCUGUGCCGGGGCUACCUGCCGUACUAUCUGCUAAUAGUCCUGCCGAUCUUCAUCAUCAUCUCCCCGGUGAACCCGGUGGCCGCCUCCCACGAGUUCCCCGUGUAUCGUAUGCACCAGUACGACCUGCACGGAGUUCCGCACGGUUGCCGUAGCGCGCCCGUUUCCCUGGAGGCGAGGUCCCUGGCCGGAUGGAGCACCUCCAGGCACUGCGUCGUCGCGCGAGCGCUGGACAUCACACCGUCCGUCUUCCAGUCCAUUAGAAGUAAGGCCGGCGCUUUGGUGAUUGUUCUACCCGAGAAGAUGGCUGAACUCACGGCGGAGGAGAAGCAACACAUUCUGAAUCUAGAAGAGUCCAUGCUGUACGGCUCCGAGACGACAAUACCGGUGUACUUUGCACUGUGGCAUCCGGAGCUUCAGGUGAUUCUGGACGACAUCGCGGGUGGUUUUAUUACGGAUGAGAAGGCCGGCUCGGCGGCGGAAGCCAUAUACAACUCCAUUUCGGCUAGCGGUUACCAAGUGGUGGUAACUACCGGACAGGCAGUUCCUAAAACAGAUGUUAAAGUUGCCACGUUGCACGGCAAGCUAACUGGAACUGGCACCGAAGAGAAGUUACCUACCAUAGCGAUAGUGACACAUUACGAUAGUGCUGGUGUGGCACCUGAAUUAUCAUUCGGUGCGGACAGUAAUGCUUCCGGCGUAGCUAUGCUACUAGAAUUAGCGAGACUGUUCUCUGCUUUAUAUUCCACUGGUCGGACAAGACCGCAAUAUAAUCUCGUUUUUAUCGCGACUGGAGCUGGUAAAUUGAAUUAUCAAGGUAGCAAGAAGUGGUUGGAGGAUCAGUUGGACGGGGUUGAAGGUUCUGUUAUACAGGAUGCAGCUUAUGUAAUAUGCCUUGACACAGUUUCCGCCAGCAAUAAUUUAUAUGUGCACGUGUCAAAGCCACCUAAGGAGAACUCGUCGGGUGGUUUGUUUUACAAGGAGCUUAAAACUGUUUCGCAAUCAUUCAACACUGUCGCUGUCGAUGGCGUGCAUAAAAAGAUAAAUCUCGCGGAAGAGACAUUAGCAUGGGAACACGAAAGAUACAGCAUUCGAAGAUUGCCAGCUGCUACUUUGUCUACGUUAAAAAGUCAUGAAGAUUCAACUAGGACUAGUAUAUUAGAUGUCUCUAGAGAAGGACAAGUAGAUAGAUUGUACAAGCAUACCCAAAUCGUAUCAGAAGCAUUAGCGCGUCAUAUAUAUAACUUGAGUUCUAGUCAAAUAUUUGCUGGUCCACUGGAUGUUUCGAAAGAAUCGCUUUCCUUAUGGUUUAAUUACUUCGCUUCUCAACCACGAGCAGCAUCAUUACUCGUGAAUAAAAACAAUGCACUAGUCGGUACUUUGAAAGAGGCAAUGGCGAGAUAUUUGGGAGAUGUUAAAGUUGCUCUUCAUACUCCUGAUAAACAAGAUCCAGAAUUUGUGUUUUACGAUGUUACAAAAGCCAUUUUGAAUGUAUAUAGUGUAAAACCGGCUGUGUUUGAUCUCUUUCUUACUAUCGGCAUAAUUUUGUACUUGGGAAUAUUAUACAUGGUUGUGCAUAAUUUUCCACACGCUUACGCUCUGGCAACGAGACUUUCUGCGAAGAGCAAGACGACGUAAAUCUUACUUUGUAUUUACAAGCAAAGUAAUCAGACUUUUUUUGAACCUCGAUUUCCAGUAAUGUUGAAUAAUCGACUUAUAUUGUAAGAAAGUUGACUAGUUCUUAGAUGAUACAUUUCUUCUAAAGUACUCCAAAAUAUACACUUAUGCAUAUUUAGGUAUUUCCUAAAGGCAAAUUAAAUCCAAGUAUAUAUAUUUGUUUGUAUAUAUUUAUUUCACAAGUUUUUAAUUAUAAAAUUACAGAGAUUAUGUUAUUUAUAAUGCUCAAUAGUAUGUCGCCAUCCUUUAUGAACCUCUUCCAGCAAUAACGAAAUUUAGAAUACAGGAGGAAGAACAAUUUGUUUUCCUUGUAACUAGGCGUUCUCUAGAUGAUCUGCCAUGUGGAAAGUGAUAAUAAAGACCAAGUUAUGAUCGACCAAAUAGUAAGAUGUUAAAAUGCAAGUGUAAUGAUAUAAAAAAUUGGAAAAUUUGUUAUGUGUGAAAGCAGCUAUAAAAUCUAAUGUAAUGUAAUAAUAAUACUUUAAGUCUAUAUUUAUCAAAGAUAUGCCUUGUAAAUGGUAAUAUCAUUAAUUUUAACAUUCUAGAACGUAAACUAAAUAAUAAAUUCAAUUCUUUGUUUUAAUAACUAAAUGAAA